AUGACGACUGUUCCGGAAGUCCAGUGUGAGAGCGUCACUGGAGAGCAAUUGGCUGUUGACUUGGCCGCCUUGACUGGCCGCCCGAUUGACGAGAUCAAGAACGAAGGAGCGCAGGACAUGGUGCAACUGGCGACUGGCGUGUCCUUUGUUCGCCCGACCGCCUUUGUUCGAGUGAAUCCGGGGAAUGCCGGUGUCCUGAUUGUGGAUGCAGAGAUUGGGAAUGAGAGUCCCAAUGAAGAGCAGAAUGGGCAUCAGGCGAAUGGCCCUGUCAACCUGGAAGUGUCUGCAGCACUGACCAGAAUGGACUUCGGGAAGAAUGUCACGAAGAUUUGGCAGAGACUGGAUGAGCUUAUCACCAGUGACAGCCGAACUGAGAGUGACAAGAUGGUCUCGGAAGCCUGCGCGAUUGCAGACCGACUGUACAAUGCUCAGGUUGGACUGGCUGAGGCUGUGUAUCGUCGCGAGUGGAAUGACGAAUGGGCCCCUCUACUGUCCUUUGUGAUUCCUGGGACAAGAAUGCACUCCUUGGGCAUCAAUGAAGUGCAGAACGGCCCGAAUGAAUGCAUGGUGGAAACGGCCUGGUAUGCAAUGACCAGAGCCGAGAGAAUGUUCCUUACCAAGGGGAACUGGCAUCUGGAAUGGAAGAACACCACCAAUGCCAAGGAGAACCUCGUGCACGACCUGGUGGAUGUCUACGACUGGGUAAUGCUUCCUUCGUGUUGGAGAGAAGUUCUACCAGACUGGCACGACUGCUUCGAAGAGAAUGCAGCCCAUGAAGGAGUGGUCUUCAUUGUCCGUAGGAGGACCAAACUGGAGGCCCACCGCAAAUGG